AGGUAUUUAUGAGGAGAGGCGAGACACUUCGGGGUUUAUCUUUCUUUUAUUUGACUAAGGCGCAGCAGACGGUGGACAGAGAAGCAAGCACGGCUCAGCGGGCGAAUGUAAAGCCCACGGAGAGAGAGGGGCUGUUAUACAACAAAACAGAGAGAAGACGUCGGUAUCAACUCUUCGCUCCCUCCUCCCCUUAGUCCCUUAUUCGUUUCUUUUUUUUUUUUUUUUGUCUUUUUUUCUGAGCGUCAGAAAAGCAUUCAACCGCCAGAGGCGCCUCCUGCGCUCUCUCUCCGAAACCAAACACAAAACAGGUGGAAGGAAGGUGCUAGCAAGACAGAGAGACUAGAGUGAGCGAGAGACAGAGGCGAGAAUUGUGUUCAAAACUAGCCCUCUCUCUCUCGCAGAGUUACGCGACCGAAGCGCCACCACCCAACUCCGAGCAGACGACCGGCGCGGCCGCCGUUGGGCGAGCAUCAGAGAAGCGGCUGCUUUCGCAGUGGUCGCGCGCGAGUCUCGUUUCCUGUUCCUCAGUGGUGCCCCCGCGCGGCACGUGAGCGCGCCGCCUCCGUCGUCUGCUAUCGUCGUCUGCGAGACGCGCGUGCGUGUUCUUGUGUGUUGUGCAUGGAGGAGCGCUGCUGCUCGCCGAGCCAAGACGAAGCCUGCGCUCUCAGCUGUUUCAGUUCGCCGUCGUCGUCCUCGUCAAACGGCGUUGUACUCGUCGUCCUUCGUCAACGGCCCCUGCACGCGUGAGAAGCGAGUGGCGGCUUCUGCGAGGGCUGCGCGCAACGAAACGUCCCGCAGAAGGGCGUCCUGAGCCACGAUCUCGCACAGCCGACCCGACGCCCGCCCAGGUGCAGUGGGUCUUCGUCGCGGGACGCCGCUGCGCGCGCUUGAAGCAGCCGAGCGGCACGCAGACGACUCUGCGGGAGUAGCAGAAGUGGCCGCCGUGUGAGACCAGCGAGGAGCCUGUGUUCCGUGUCGGUUAUUCGCCCGCCGGACGCGAUCCUGUCCGAGUCGGGGAGCGUCUUUCAGUCGUCGUCGGCACGGUUGACGCCGACCCCUCAUGUUGCUGGUGCCUCUGGUUCCCGUGCAAAGCGACGACGAAUCUAUGCGUCCCGGCUGAGCAGCAUUCACAGUGCGCUCCAGCUCGAUCGCUUGCUGAAUCCGCGCGCGCCUCUGCUCCUUUCGUUUUGCGACGCAGCGUUCCGAGACCCAUCAACAACAUGCGCUUCACGCGGCUGGCUGCACAGCUGAGCGGCGGCGGCCGCGUCACUCCGCACCUGCCUUCGUCUGGCGUCGUGUUCGUUAUUCUCCUCGCGUCGUCGUGCGCAGUGUUUACGACGGCAGCCGAUGACGACGGUGUCUCCUCGUCGUCGUCUUCGCAUAAUCAUCACGACGACCUCGACCUCUCGUCGUGCCCGCCGGACAACCAGUGCGACACGAAGAAGUGGUGCUCGGCGAUCGCCGCCGUGCACGGUGCAGCGGACGACAAGAAGGCUGCGGCGGCAGCAGCAGACGACGACGAGUACGAUCACGGAGUCAAGUGUUUGGACGAGCAGGUCGUGGAUCGGUGCGGUUGCUGCCGCGAGUGCGUGCGCGGCGCGCCGGGCCUGCCUUGCGGCGGAAUCCGGCGCCGCGGUGUUUGCGCGGCGCCCCUCGAAUGCCUCGCCGACGUCGCCGUCGGCAGGAUCGCCGAGCCCCACGAGGAAGGCACCUGUCACGAGCGCAACUGCUCGGCCAUCGUGUGUCCCGCCCUGGCGUCCAAGCCGUGUCCAGAGGACAGCUACGCCCUUCCGUCGCAGGUGUCGCCCAAGAGCUGCUGUCCCAUCAGCGGAGGGUGUGCCUGUCUCCCCAACGAUUGCCUUGGAAAGGACUGCCAGCCAGACGAGGUGCGUCGCCUGGUAAAAACUGGCAACAGCAAGCCCGGUUCCUGCUGCGACACCUAUGAGUGCGUCCCCGCCAGCGGAGACCGCGUGUGUCACGUGGGCAAGGAGACGUACAAGAACGGCGAGACCUGGCACACCAAGUGCAGUACCUGCUCGUGCCGCAACGGUGUCGCCGUGUGCAACGACAACGUCUGCAAGGGUGUCGACAUGCACUGCUCGUGGCUGCACAAGCCCGAAGGGGAAUGCUGCCCAGUCUGCCUCGGUUGCCUGACUUCAACGGGGCUGCGCUUCAACAACGGCGAGCGGUGGAAGGACGACGACUGCACCUGGUGCGAGUGCAUAUCGGGCAAGGCCAAGUGCGAGGCACAGAUGUGCCAAACCAAAUGUGCCAAUCCGGUCAAGAAGCCCGGCGUCUGCUGCCCUGUCUGCGAAAAAUCACCAUCAUCAUCUUACCCAACCCAUGGCGCCAACCACACGAGCUUGUCUCGGUCGUGUCCGCGAGACGAUCGAAGCGUGUGGAGAGAUCAGUGCCGCCAUUGCGCUUGCCUGAAUGGUCACGAGGUCUGCUCUCUCGUGGCUUGCCCCCGAACCUACUGCGAGCACCCCAUCAUGGAUCCCGGAGCCUGCUGCCCCGUUUGCCAGAAUGAUGCUGCCAGCCCAUUCCACUGGCCACCAGCAGGCACUGGCGUAUGCCAGGGCCUCGACGGCCACGUUCACCGUGAAGGAGACAGCUGGUGGCUGGACGACUGCGUCCGCUGCGAGUGCGUGGACGGCAUGGCCCUUUGCGACACCAUGCAAUGCCCUCCGGCACCGUGCGCCAAUCCAACAAGGAAACAGGGACAAUGUUGUGCCACCUGCACAGAAGAGGAACAACUGGGCAGCAACCAGUCCAACCAGCUUCCAUGUGCGGGCGGAUACAAAGAUGGCCAGUCAUGGCGUCCGGAGCCUUGCCUGAGCUGCCUGUGCCGUGCCGGCAAGGAGCGCUGCUUCCGAGAAACUUGCCCACCUCUCGCAUGCUUGGAGCCACUGUUUCUGAAGAAUCAUUGCUGCCCCAUCUGCCCAACAGCAGCUACAUCUUCCAAGGCCUCCCCAGUCUGCAGAACUGAUGGGAAGGUGUACGCUGACGGGGCAUCCUGGUCUCCCGACAACUGCAAGCGCUGUCACUGCACGCUGGGCCAGGUGCAGUGCUCCGAGAUGGGCUGCCCUCCGAACAUGUGCCGAUCGGCCAACCACACGUCGGGGAGCUGCUGCAUACCUUGCUCAUCUGACGGAGCAGUUCGAACGCCUGCCCAGUGGCAGUGCACUCGAGGUGGCCUGGUGCUCGCUGAUGGGGAGCAGCGCGUCAUCGACAACUGCAACCGCUGUGAGUGCAGUCGUGGACACUUGCACUGUCAGGAGACCGUCUGCCACCAGGACCUGUGCCGGGCCCACAACCACAGCUCUGGCAACUGUUGCGUGCAGUGCGCUGAACUGGAUCAUUACAUCAAAAGCACCGGAAGCGAUGUGGUCGGCUACGUGAUCGCAAUUGUGAUCUUGGUCACCAUCAUCUUGGUGCUCACGUGCGGGGCUUGCUUUUGGAGGAGAAGAAGCACCAGGCCGUUCAACAAACCCAAGCCGCAACAUUACCAGAAGACCGCGAACGGCUAUGUCUGAGAAGCUGACGUCAGCAGCUCCAUGUCCCGACUCUGUGUCGUUUCCUGGCACUUCCACCCCUCCACCCCCCACUUCCCCCAGACACUCCUGGUCUUUUUCUUCAAGUGCGUGCACUUUGUGAUAUUGAGUAUUUAUGCCAAAGCUGGCAAGAAGGACCAGAACUAUAGCAGCGACCCGAAGGUUCCCAACCCCUGUGUGGCAAGGGCUGCGUCAUGACCUUGUCAGGAGAACUGCUUCGUGACCUUGUCAAGGAAAUUGAAUCGUGGCCUUGUCAAGGGGAAAACUGCGCCACGACCUUGACAAGAGAACUAUGUCAUGACCUUGUCAAGAGAACUGUGUCACAACCUUGUCAAGAAGACUGCGUCACGACCUUGUCAAGGGAGCUGCACCAUGACCUUGUCAAGAGUGUCACGACCUUGUAAAGGGAACUGCAUCAUGACUUUGUCAAGAAAACUGCAUCAUGACCUCGUCAAGAGAAUUGUGCUGUGUCAGAUCCCCCGUUUGUGCUAAGACUUUCAAAUGCGAUCUGUGGCACAGACUGCUUUGGCAGAGGAGUGAGUGAGGCACCAUGACAUAUCCGAGAACAUGUGACAGUCUAUAAUACUGUACGCUGUGGCGAAAGGAACAGUGAAAGAUUUUGGUUUUGGACAGCGAGGCAGUUCAGUGGCUAGGUGGAAUCCAGUUUACUGUAUGUGCAUGUGUGAUUGUAUUGUUGUACUGUGCCGCUUGCAUUUUGAAAAGAGUUCUGUGCACCUUCUCGAAGUAACAGAAACAGGAGCGCAUUGUGUACCCUACUUGUGUAGAGGAUGUGUAGCCAAAAGGCAAUCCACGAAAUGACUCUGUGCCAUAAUAGGCAGACAGGUGAUGUUUGUCGUGAGUGGAUCACUAAGAUGUAUGAUCUCGCGUACACUGCUUUGAUGAUUUUAUCCCAAAGGAGGUAAAAUACCUGUGUGUGUUCUCCCAGCACUUUUCUGUCACUACAAAUACAUGCAGUUUUUGCAAAUCCUGCAAAAACGUGCAAAGUGGAAGAAAAAAAGAAAGAUAAUGGGACAGCGUAACAGCAUGUGCUUUCUUUUGGGUCAGCAGAUCGCAUGCAGCUCGAAGCAGUGGAUAUUACAAUAAGAAACUUUUCACAAGCUUGGUUUGCACUAUUGAGUAGUGAAAAGCCUGAAUACGUCUUUUGUUUCCUUGCUUCACAGUCACUGAAGACCAUAGAGGCUUUCGAUGACAAAGUGAAGAAUAUAAAGACAUUGUAUAUAUAUGAAUUAUUGUCAACAAAGUUACAUCUGCAGCGCCAAUGCAAAAAAGUUAAGUGAAAAAAAAAUGUGUUCGUGUUGAAGUCAUGUGCUUUCGUCAGUGUUAUGCCUAAUGGUGACUUCAGUACACUCCCUUUAAUUUUAAAUCUGUAAAGCUGAACAUGGGGACAUCUGUUUAGUUCGGGGACAUUUGCAAAGUUUGGAGACACUUGCAUAUUUUCCCCCAGAAGAAACUUGGAGGAAAUUCGUGAACACAAAUGAUUUGUUUCAUGUCUGUUCUUUAAGGCAUAUUUGUUUGAGGAUCGAAGGCUAGCUCUCGAAGCAUUCAGCUGCCUUUGUUUUCUGUCAGUGCAUUUUUGUUUGUUUAAUAACUGCGCAGACAAGCGGGAAGAUAAGCUCAUCAGUGCAUUGGUCUGCACAUGGAAUUGGGUGCAGUGGAAGAGAGAAACAAGAUAACAAAAAAUAAAUCCAACAGCUCAAUGCCUUGCUACCAUCAGCAAGAAAUGGCAUGAGAACUUAGAAACUAUAUGAAUGCAUCUUUGCAUUUCGACUGGCGCCAACGUUUGUUACAAUGGUGCCGUCAAUGUUGUAUCAUGGAGCAGUGGUACCGGUGCAAGUUGUGCAGUGAUUGCACAUUGCAUUCUGAACCAAUUGUGUACGAGAGAUGUUCUGAUGUGUUUUUCAUGCCUGUAAAAAUUGGGUACAUUUUGCUCUGUAAACAAACCAAUGCAGUUUUAUUCUUAGGAGCACGAAAAUUGUGCAGUAAAUUGGAUACACAGCCUCCCGUGUAAGUUAAGAACAGAGUUCAUAGUGACAAAGCCUAGUUUAUAUACGAUCAUUUACUCAUUAGUUAGUCACAUUACUGCCACCAGCGGUGAUCAGUAUGAUGACAAGACAGCAGUGGCUGAUCGAGAUGGUGAUUAGAUAAGAAAAGUUAUGGGAAUACGGGUCCCAAGUUUUGCAUAAAAAGGAAGGGCUGAACAGCUGAAUGGUUAGCAGCUGCUACAGGCACAGUGCAAGACUUCUUAAAUAUUUUAUUGCAGAGUGCCUAAUAAACAACAUUUUACAAGGCUCUCUGCACUUAUGCUUAUACAUUUGCUGGUUUAUAAAAUAGCAUGCAUUCAAUUUAAGUAGCAUGACCUGAGUGUCAGGCCUCCCUCUAAAACUGAACCUUCGGUAUCUCGGGACAAAAUUUACUUAAACCCCAUCUCAAUGAUCUUAAUUAGGGAGUGUACUGCACAGUUACCCCAUAUGCUGGGAAACCCUACCUUGUGUGCAACAGUUUGUUAUUAAAAUGUUUUCUAGUGAUACGGAACAGAGGUAAGUUAAACCUCGAUGUAACAAAGUUGUACAAAUUCGAACUUUACUUUGCUGCAUCAAAACUUUAUCAGAUCGAAAUACCCUGCAUAUGUCUAUACAUUUUCAGGCGCACCCACCUACAAUUCAACCACGUGUGACCGCCAUUGCCCUCAAUUCUUUCCAUGUAAUGCCUCAAUCUUCCUGAAAUUACGGACAAGCACCGUUAGUUAAUUGAGGCCAAAAAGAUGUGAUGCAAAUUUUAUAUUGUCGACAUCACAUUAUAAAAAGUGAGAUGAUUCAUUACACUGAAGCUUGUUACAUCGAGGUUUAACCGAAUUUAUAAACUUUUGGUGUCACACUUGCUGCGGAGAGUGGUUAGUACCUUGUAAAGUUUUUAGCAUAGUGUGUGAUGUCAUAGUUGCCAACCCUGGUCUGCUGUUCUGGACGGCGCUGUGCAUGUUUAGCAAGAGCCGGAACGGAGUGGCAGUGCGACACAUUUUCUUUUUAUGAAGCAGGCAGCAAGAAGAGCAUCGAGCAGUACUGUCUGUUCAAAAACACGGUUUUAUGAAACGAGUAGAAGACAGAACCUUCUUCGUGUUUCCAUUCCUCCAGAAUGCUGUGGACUUUUUUUUUGUUUUUCUUUUAGCAGAUGCACAACUUGUAUAUUUAUGACUUUUUUUUUUCUGUUGUGUGAUUUAUUGACUGUGCACCCGUGUGUGUGACAGACGAAAAAGACGUGGAGCGAGAGCUUUUCUUCCUCCUCCUCGGCUCGGUGUUGGCCACAAAUAAAAUCUGAACAUUUUACUGUACAA